AUGGCGUUGAUCAACGAAGCUAACAAUGUGACGGAAACUCCCCGCCCCAAGGCAUCUGCGAACCCUACCAUGUGUGUAGGAUUUGCCUCUAUUGCGCGGGAGGGUGUAAGCUAUUUUCAGAGUGCAGUUGGAUCGGUGUUGGCAGGCCUUUCUCCGGUAGAGAGAGCCGAUUUGUUUCUCAUCCUAUUCAUUGCUCAUACAGAUCCCACGCAGCACCCAGCCUACUCAGAGCCAUGGCUGCAUGAGCUGGCUGACAAAGUUCUGCUCUAUGAUGAGAAAGACGUCGACAUUGAGCACAUCCGAGGUCUUGAAACAACUGAGGCCAAAACUUUAGCUCUCGAGAAAGGCUUACUGGACUACACUUAUCUUUUGAAAGCAUGUGCAGCCAUUGGCACCCCGUACACAGUUAUGCUUGAGGAUGAUAUCAUUGCUCUGGAUGGUUGGUAUCACCGAACAAAACAGGCCUUGCGUGCUGUGGAGCGACAAACAGCGGAGAAGAAAGCAUCGAAAUGGCUUUAUCUUCGCCUUUUUUACACCGAGAACUUCCUAGGCUGGAACUCAGAGGAUUGGCCUACCUAUCUAUUCUACUCUCUUCUCUCAGCGUCCACCAUCUUACUCACGACCUUGAUCGUCCGCCGUUAUCGACCGUCUUCGAAGCCAUUUUUACCGAAAGAAACAGUCUUUGUUCUCUGCUUCAUUUGUACACCUCUCCUGAUCAUCCUCUUCUUUGCGACCGGGCGAGUCACAAUGCUACCGAUCCCCGAAGGCGUGCAUGAGAUGCCAAAAUUCGGUUGCUGUUCCCAGGGGCUCGUUUUUCCUCAAGGUCGUAUCAUGGAUCUAGUAUCGUGGUACGAGUCCAAAGGAAUCGGCUAUGUCGACAUGCUUACGGAAGAUUAUGCGAAUCAGAACGGGGAGAUACGCUGGGCAUUAACACCCAGUGUAUUGCAGCACGUCGGGAGCAAGAGCUCCAAAACCAACAACCCUAUCCCGCAGAAGGGCCUCCGCACGAUCCCUGAAACAUUGUGGAAUUUCGGGUUUGAGAAAAACGAUGUGAAUCUUCUACGCAAAGAACAUGAACAACAGAUAAGAUGGGGUGAUCCAUGA